GAGGGGGAGUGAGGCUCUUCCCCUGUGGCUCUAAGAGCAUUAACUGUAGUGCGUUCUGCUGGUGACAGGGCUGUCAGGGUCAGAUGGCUGCUCAGCCUGAUUAGACCAGCUCAUAGCAGAUCCUAAGCCCAACACACACUGCACCGUUAUACCAAGGUGGAUCUACGAGCUGGCACAUUCAGUACGUCGCAGUUGAGCAGGCCAGAAGGGACACGAGGUGGAUAGUUUAGUGUUAUAGUGGGGCAGAGCUAAAGGUUAUCAAGGAAACAUUUAACCUUCUGCUGCUGCUCCUUCCUGCUUGACUACCAGGACCAAAGACUGAAAGAGUUGUUGUUUUACUGUAACAAGAAGGCAGAAGAACUGGUGUUUAGCCAGUGUUUGGAGAUGACGCUGAAGAGCUAAGCGAAUUGCUGGUUGAUGGAGUUUGUGAGGCGAAGUGGUGACUACUGCCACGCCCAACACAUUUAAACCCCAUCUGGGAUAAUGCUGCACCAUGUAGUCCUAGGGUUAACCCUACAAGACCACUGGCCUUUGACCUCUGAACCUAUCAGCUCAUGGGGUAACAAGCGGAGCCUCGACACUGAAAGCUAACUGGAGAAAGACGGAAAGAGAGCGUGACUAAAACUGAGUGUGGUCAAAGAAAUAAAAACAGAGAGAAAGUCAACACACUGUAACCUUCUGGACUAUAGCAGACUGUUAACUGAUGGGAUAACAAUCAAGACUAUAGGACGUCAGACCUGGGAAAAUAUCUGAAAAUAGGAGUUGUGGCUCACCUGGAGAGCAAAUAUAAACUGAAGACAUAGCUGCUGAACGCAACAGCUGGAGCUAAAGGGGUUACACAUUGCAAGAAUUCUUCACGCUGGUCAACAUGAAUCGCCCAGCUCCAGUCGAACUGUGCCACAAGAACAUGAGAUUUCUUAUCACACACAACCCAACAGAUGGCACGCUCAGCUCCUUCAUAGAGGACUUGAAGCGAUAUGGUGCCACAACAGUGGUCCGAGUUUGCGAUGUCACUUAUGACAAAACACGGCUUGAGAAAGAUGGCAUUACAGUGGUGGACUGGCCAUUUGAUGACGGAGCCCCGCCACCCAGUAAGCUGGUCGAUGAUUGGUUGAAUCUGCUAAAGAAGAAAUUCCAGGAGGAUCCAGGAAGCUGUGUGGCUGUUCACUGUGUGGCUGGAUUAGGAAGGGCUCCUGUGCUUGUUGCUUUGGCUCUGAUAGAAAGUGGGAUGAAAUAUGAGGAUGCUAUUCAACUCAUCAGACAGAAGCGUCGUGGAGCCAUCAACAGCAAACAGCUAACCUACCUGGAGAAAUAUCGAUCUAAGCAUAGGCUCCGUUUCAAAGACUCCCGCAAACACAAGAACAAAUGCUGCAUCGUAUGAACACAUGCACACACAAACGCAGGCACACACACACACACACACACAGACAUUUCUCAGGAAUUCAGCAGUACAAGGCUUCAGUCAUUGUCACAAAUACUAAAAACAGAGGCGUCAGUGCCCAUGUUGAAUCUUAAAAAGUUUUUCUUCUUUUUUCCCUUACUUUUCUUUUAAUAUGUUUUUUUUUUUUUGCUCAUUUGCUGUAAACAAACAGCUGCCGGAUGGAUGAAGGAGAGAAAAUCAUUUUAAAAAGUGUUAUAGAGGAUUGUUUUUACAAUAUAAUUCUGCAGGGAAUUUAGCUAUGAGGUGCACGAGUCACAUUCAAAUGUACAACUGAACAAGUCCUGAAACUUAGACAGAUGUGGGGUGAAACUUUGAUUCUGUUGUCCCUAGUGACUGAUUUUCAGCACCUUAAGUCUGACCCGACUUUAAUGAAUGUUUAACACUAUCAGGAUAUAAAAUUGUAAACAGUUAAAUUUGUGUUUCUUUUAUUUUUUCUUUCUUUUUGGGCUUAAAAACCCUUAAAAACAUGUUUUUAACAAUUUGGAGAGACUAAAAUUUUACACACCAACAAAUCAAGUUUAAUCCAAGGGUAAUCUUAGCCUGAGGUAUUAGUCUCAUCCUAGCGCAAAUGUUGCUGUGCAUUAUUAAAUUAUCCAGUCUAGUUUAAAGUUUUAUUAUUUUCAUAUUUACUGGUGUGGAGUUUAUUUCAGUUGUAUUUUACCUGAAUGACGCAUGUAAACAAUCACUUUGAAAAAAUCAUUUAAAAAUCUGCUUUUGAUGAUGAUGAUAAUAGAGCAUGCACUUUUUAUGCAAAAAGUAGAGUCCUUAUGACAGUCUCUUUUAUUGUAAAAGCAUCUUCAACCUGAAUUGAUAUACAUAAAUUAAAAUGCAUGAAAAACUAAACGGACAAUGAAAUAGGCAGAGGGUGUAAAACUGAAGUUAGGAGAAGGGAAAAUGUUAAUAGGAUCUAGCAACCCUUUGAUUUACAAUCUUUACCUGAAAGCAUUUUAAAGCAAAUGGCAACUAUUUUCUUGUUCACAUGACGUGUGUGCAUAUUUGUUUGCUUGUGUGUGCGUGUGGGUGUGGGUAUAUGGGGCGACCUCUAUACAUUGUUUACUACUGGGGCUGGCCUGAGCUGACACUUUUUUAUGUAAAAAAAAAAAAACAAGCUGUAAAUGUAUUGUCUGUAAAUUUUUGAAUUGUUUAAUAAAUGUUAUGCCAUUA